UAAUCGGAUUGAAUGGAGCUCUGAGUUCCGUCUUCUCGAUCCUGCUGAAGGCGAUUCGUUUCGUGUCAUCCUAUCCAGGGCUGGGGUUCUAAAGCGCCGCGCUCCGAGGUUCCCCCUUGGAGAUUUUGCCUUUCGGUCAAAGCGAUUCGAGGUAAAAUUUGUUCGUGGAGAAGACAAGCUUCUAUGGAUAACAUAUAUUCAGAUCGUGUCAGGCUUUUAUAUCCAAUCUAACUUUUACUGCACAUAUUGGGGUUAAUAUGGCAAUGCUUCCAAAUUCCUAAAUAAUAAUAGAAAGUUACUAGUAUAAAAAGGUUCCUUGUUCUGCAUGCAGUUUAAGGCACUUUGUGUCAGGCUUCUAGCUAUAUACUUCUGGGGCUGGCUGGUUUGACUGUGGCUUGUUUGCUUUACCGCCUGAGUCAGACUAGAUGUCAUUCCGAAGUAUAGUUCGUGAUGUUAGAGAUGGCUUUGGGAGUUUAUCAAGACGGAGUUUUGAUGUGAGGCUUUCAGGGCUAAUAGGCCAUCGCAGGGGAAAGUCCCAGGGCUCUGUGCAAGAGCUGCACAAUCCAUAUACUGUGGUCCAGCAGAGUCGCUGGGCCAGCCUCCCUCCUGAGCUUCUACGCGAUGUGAUCAAAAGGCUGGAGGCAAGCGAAAGCACUUGGCCAUCACGCAGGGAUGUUGUUGCCUGUGCGGCUGUCUGCAGAUGUUGGAGGGAGAUGUGCAGAGAGAUUGUUAGGAGUCCAGAGUUCGGUGGAAAGCUCACUUUUCCAAUAUCAUUAAAACAGCCUGGACCUCGGGAUGGAACCAUUCAAUGUUUCAUUAAAAGGGAUAAAUCAAAAUUAACAUAUCAUCUCUACUUAUGUCUCAGCCCUUCUGUUCUUGCUGAGACUGGGAAGUUUCUCCUGUCAGCUAAGAGGAAUCGUCGGACUACCUGUACCGAGUACAUUAUCUCAAUGGAUGCUGACAAUAUAUCAAGGUCGAGCAACACCUAUAUUGGAAAACUGAGAUCAAAUUUUCUAGGCACAAAAUUCGUGAUAUAUGACACCCAGCCCCCUUACAGUGGGGCUGCCCUUUGUCCACCUGGUCGAACAAGCCGCAGAUUUUCCAAGAAAGUAUCUCCAAAAGUCCCUUCUGGCAGCUACAGCAUAGCCCAGAUUAAGUACGAGUUGAAUGUCCUUGGCACACGAGGACCACGACGAAUGCAUUGUGUCAUGUACUCUAUUCCGACAUCAGCGCUUGAGCCUGGCGGGAGAGUCCCUAGCCAGCCUGAGAACCUUUUUCCACAUUCACUGGAGGACUCCUUCCGUAGCAUGUCCUUCUCCAGGUCCUCCAUAGUAGACCAUUCUAUGGACUUCAACAGCUCUCACUUCUCCGAUAUCACUGUAGGAACUCGGGAGGGUGAAGAUGGGGAUCAGAUAAAGGAGAGGCCAUUGGUGCUGCGAAACAAGGCCCCAAGGUGGCAUGAGCAGCUGCAGUGUUGGUGCCUCAACUUCCGGGGCCGGGUGACUAUUGCUUCUGUGAAGAACUUCCAGUUGAUAUCUGCGAUACAGCCUGCUGCAGGAGCUCCAAUGCUGUCUGAGCCAGCAGCACCAUCCGAGCAUGAUAAGGUUAUAUUGCAGUUUGGUAAGGUGGCGAAGGAUAUGUUUACCAUGGAUUUCAGGUAUCCACUCUCGGCCUUCCAGGCUUUUGCCAUCUGUUUGACCAGCUUCGGUACCAAGUUGGCUUGUGAAUAGUAAUUAGUUAGUAAAAAAAUAGAAAAUCUUAAAUAGAUAAGAACAAAAUUUUUGAAAUAUAUUUGCUGUUUCUUGUUGAUUCUUCUUGUUUGCCAGUGCAGGCUGUGACCUGCAAUUGUGCUUUGAGGCAUAUAUACCUUUAUGAACUGGGAAAGCCACUCAGAUAUUAGCUUGCUAGUUCCUGCUUGUAGUGUGUUGCAUAUGUUACAUGGACAUGGCAUGAAUUGCUCUUCAAAAUAUGAACACUGGCAACAACAUUUAUAGCUUUCUA